AUGGACGACAUUGAUGCAGCCUUCGAUGACGCAUAUCGCACAAAUCGAAUCGAAGCAGGGGACGAUCCGAACUCUCUUCCCAACCCUUACUCUCGACCUUCACUUACGGACUCAGUCCCCACCAAACACUCGGCCGAACUUCAUGGCGGCGGUGGAGGAGGGUUUAUCAUCGAUGGCAAUGAUUCCGGUUCAGGUGGCGAUGGCUUUAUUAUCGAUGAUCAAGUCACUUCCGGUGGUGGUGGAGGCUUUAUAAUCGAUGAUGAUCAAAACUCCAUUGCUGGUGGGGGAGGCUUCCUCCCUGACGACAACAACGACAAGGAUGACGAACUAUCCUCAUCUUCAAUCCGCAUAGCAACGAAAGUAAAGACGAUCCCACUCAGCGCAAUCCCGGAAGCACUAGCCAACCUCGGCUUGGACUCAUCCGAUCUCUCAGUCCUCUCCCUUUUUGCAGAGACAGCUUACGUUCCCUCCACAGCCUCAAGACGGCGGCUACCAGCGGGAGUGAGACCGGAAAAAGUGGUGGGGAGGCAGGAGUUUCAGCAGGUAGCAUCGGUGUUGUUGGAUGAGAUGAAGAGUCGGGCUCCCCACCCUGCUUCAGAACGAGAGGAGGAAGAAGAGGGUGGAAGGAGGAGACCUACUCGUCGAGCAGCAGUUCAGGGGAGGAAGAAAGCAGCUAGAUUCAUUGGCGAGGACGAUGCCGAAGGAUGGGAUGAGGGUGGGGGUGGGUUUAUGGUCGGUGAUGCUGCCGAUGAUUCCGAAGACGAUUUUGCGGUGGCUAGACAGAGAAGGAGGAGAGCAGGUCGGAAAGCGGCGAACUUGGAUACUGGGAGCGAUUUGACCGAUGAAGAUAGCGAGGGGGAAUUCGAUACAGAUGCAGCAACACCAAAUUCUAGUCGAAGGAGAAGAGGUCGUGUUGCUGCCUCCCCCUCCCCCUCCCCUUCACCUUCUCCUUCCGACGACGGGUCUGAGAGAACAACAAAACGUCAACGUCGCCAAAAGCCCUCCUCCGACGGCCGCACCAUGCGAUCGACAAACCAUUUGAACCCACUACAGCGCGAAAAGGCAGCCGCCCUAUUCCAGCUUCUACUCGAUCGGCUCCCCCCUUCUACCUUGCCACUAUCACAGAGGAGGGUUGGGACGGAGCAAUUAGCACAGAUUGUAAAGGAUAUAAGAGAAAAGAUAGCUCAGAAGGAGAUCGAAGAGAUGGUGGAGGAAGGGGCCAAGCUUUUUGCUCCCGCCAGCGAGGACGGGGAGAGGAAGAGUGGUCAGGCGAUUAGAGGGGCUGCUGCUGCUCAAGGGAUAGUAGGAGGGUCUAGUGUGGGGAUUGAUGAAUUUGCUGGUAUCCUUGUGCACAAUCGGUUGAUUUGA